GCCACUUCCGGUUCCUCUCCGGAUCAGCUGACUCUGAUGCUGCUGACAGGAGAUCCGACGAACUGCGCUGAAUUGCAACUAUGAACAUUGUCAAGCCAUAGAAACACUACAGGCACUCAUAUAUCCGCCAGUAUCAGACACCAAUUUAGUAUACUGUUUUCUGUAGCUUCAUCGGAGCUGUAAACAUGACUGAGUUUUGGCUGAUCUCUGCUCCUGGGGAGAAGACCUGCCAACAGACAUGGGACAAACUGAUGGCAGCAACCACACGCACUAACAACCUCUCCAGCAAUCACAAGUUCAGCAUCCCAGACCUCAAGGUCGGAACGCUUGAUGUCCUGGUGGGACUCUCAGAUGAACUGGCCAAAUUAGAUGGCUUCGUUGAAAGUGUGGUGAAGAAGGUGGCUCAGUACAUGGCUGAUGUGCUGGAGGACAGCCGGGACAAGGUGCAGGAGAACCUGCUGGCCAAUGGAGUUGACCUUGUCACCUACAUCACUCGGUUCCAGUGGGACAUGGCCAAAUAUCCCAUAAAACAAUCCCUUAAAAACAUCUCUGAAAUCAUCUCAAAGCAAGUAACCCAAAUUGACAACGAUUUAAAGGCCAGAGCAUCAGCUUAUAAUAACCUGAAGGGAAACCUGCAGAACCUGGAAAGGAAGAAUGUGGGGAGUUUGCUGACAAGGAGCUUGGCUGAUAUUGUCAAAAAGGAAGAUUUUGUGUUGGAUUCAGAGUAUCUCAUUACUAUGCUUGUGGUUGUACCCAAGGCCGCCUAUGCAGAUUGGCAGAAAACAUAUGAAACCCUGGCUGAGAUGGUGGUGCCUCGAUCAUCAAAUCUGCUGUUUGAGGACAGCGACAGCGGGUUGUUCAGCGUCACCUUGUUCAGGAAAGCCAUCGAUGACUUCAAACACAAAGCCAGAGAGAACAAAUUUACAGUGAGAGACUUUCAGUACAAUGAAGAGGAGAUGAAGGCUGACAAGGAGGAAAUGACGAGGCUCUCCACAGAUAAGAAGAAGCAGUUUGGUCCCCUGGUCCGAUGGUUAAAGGUGAACUUCAGCGAAGCCUUCAUCGCCUGGAUUCACAUCAAAGCACUGAGGGUCUUUGUGGAAUCCGUUCUGAGAUAUGGGCUGCCGGUGAACUUUCAGGCCAUGCUUCUGCAGCCUAACAAGAAGACCAUGAAGAAGCUGCGGGAGGUGCUCAAUGACCUGUACAAACACCUAGACAGCAGUGCAGCGGCCAUCAUUGAUUCUGCAAUGGACAUCCCCGGCCUGAACCUGAGCCAGCAGGAGUACUAUCCCUACGUCUACUACAAGAUCGACUGCAACCUGUUGGAUUUUAAAGUUUAAACUGUUGUCCUCAUGCUG